UAUAUGUAAGAGAUUUCAAAUAUAAUUUGAAGAUUUUUUUUUUUUUUCCCGGGGGGGAGAAAAAGCGAAUUAAAUAAUUCUUAAAUUAUAAAUUUUUAGUAAUUAUAGUUUCUUUUAAGAUUAUUUGUGAUGAGGGUAUUAUUAUUUUAUUAUAUGAAAAAUUAAUGUAACUUCAAAUAAGCGAAUCCUUGAAGGUUGAAACGAUCAGUGCAACUUGCCAAUUCAUGGUGAUUUCUCAAAGGUAUACAGUAUCCAAUGCUUUUCUUUUUCCUCUUUUUGGUUCUCGGUGGGAGAUAACGAUUUCCCUUUAUUUUCUCUAUAAUACUUUGUUAUUUAUUAUUAUUAUUAUUAUUUUUAAUCUAGAAAGUGUAAUUCACUUCGCUGAUAGAUUUAACAUCCUGAGUGUUUUAUAUUUGUAAUUCACUUCACUUACAGGUUCAAGUUGAAUUUGGUAUAUUCUGUUAGUUAUCUCUUUGUUUGGUGUUUUUUUCAGUCUUUGCUUCGUUUUAAAAUUGAAUUUUGGACCUCUUACCUUCAGUUUGUUAAUUCUGUAGAGUCAGCACUGGCAUGUCAAAUUCUUUCUACUGUUUCUGCUGGUUUUUGAUAGAGUUACAACCUGUAAUUGCUUCACCAACACAUUUUAUCUUUUUCCAAAUUCUUCGACAGGGGAUCGCAUUUUUAGCAUGUACCCAAGUUGAAAUGACACCUGUGAUGGCUAUUGAGUUCCUUUCCAGGGUGGCUGAUGUCCUGUCUGAUUACCUUCGAAGACUAAACGAAGACUUGAUAAAAGAUACCUUUAUGAGAUUAUUCAAGUCUUGCUGCAAAAUAGCUAGGAAAUCGUACGACAAGUUGAGACAAUAUCUGUCGUGUAUUUUUGUUGGGCUUUCGAAGCAGUGGAUUGUUUAUUGUAGGCCCAUUUCAGUAACAUAAUGGCAUAACAAGCCGUGUUCUCAACUCCAUUCAGUUG